UAAUACGAAGGACUGCUAGUCAAGUGAGUGAGAUGGUGGGGAAUGUUAAUACAAGUAGUGCCCUUUCCGUUUUUGAAAAGAUGGAAGAGAAAGUCUUAGCACUGGAAUCCCAAGCAGAAGCUAUUGGCCAGUUAACUACGGAUGAUCUGGAAGCAAAGUUUGUGAUGCUCAAGAGCUCUUCUGUUGACGAUGAUCUUGCAAAUUUGAAAAAAGAACUGUCUGGUAGUACAAAGAAAGGAGAGCUUCCACCUGGAAGAACUGUUUCGUCGUACAAGGCUUAUCCAUUUAAGGAUUUAGAGAUUGAGAAGGAGCUUAAUGAAUUGAGACGGAAAGCCAAGGAGUUCUGAAGCUUCACAGGCAGAAUUUUGAUAAUUCUAGACGCGUAUAUGAAUUUUGGUGUCAUAUAAUGAACUGGUUAGAGUUUGUACAGUGGAAGGCCUAUAUGUUAACAGCAUCCAGUAGACAUGGUUUCAUUCUCUAUUUGUACUCUACAUCUACAGCAAAAGGCUAGCAUGCUUUGAUUUACUCGGCGUUUGAAUACUAGAAGGCUUAAAUUUUUUUUAUCUUUGGCUUACAGCAUAGAAUUUUCCUACAGCAUAUGCCCAAACCAAUUGUGUUUGCCUUUCUAUGUUUGACGUUGCUUUAAUGAUCCAAAGUUGCAUAUCUUGGCAGGCAGCAGUUUUAAUGCUCCAGCACCUCAAUGAGUUACGAUGCAGUAAUGCUUCGAUCUGCAAACAAUUGAGUCACAUGAUUUGCCUUCAUUGAUGGUGAGCACAGGCCUGGCCGUUUAACUCCUACUUCUGUUGUAAGGGUUACAUUCAUGAUGUGCUAUAAGCACGACGCGAUGCUGAUACAAGUUUUGGUAGAGAAGCUUCAAGUUUUGGGUGGGUGAAGGUUGUCAAAUAAGAGCCUUGCCAUACGACUGCUCACCUUUGAGCUCCACUCUUCUCCAAACCUUCAGACUUGCUAGUUCGCACUCUCCAUCUUCGGGUUCAAAGUUAAUUUGAACGUUGGUUUUUGUGGAGGGUUUUGGCAGCUGAGGGGGUUUUGGCUUGUGAUGCCUUUGGUAGGGUAAUUGGUGGUUCAUGUGGCCGGUUGAGGUAUGUUCAAUAAGUAGUAGAAAUGAGGCGUGUGAGAUGGUAGAAAAGCUUCAAAUUUCUCCCCGGUGAUACUAGAAUCGGAUUGUUUGCUGUGCUUCAAGGGGUGCUUGAUUUGGGAAGCAGUGACCUAUAUGAAUUAGGAAGGAUUAUAAAGGACAUUCGUC